UCCGGGUACCGAGCAUUCCUCCGCUGUGCCUACAGCUGGUAGGAGGCUGCAGACGGCUGUGCUUUGACUAGAGUGCCCCGAGCUUCGGUCCACGGUUUACGGGAGCAUAGAUCUCGGCUUCUUUUCAGCGAAUUAUAUUCUUCUGAUUACCACAUCACGGUGUGAACGGUCACGUGUGUGAUUUUUAAUUUUUUUUUAAGCUUGUGUUGGAUCGGAUCGACAUCCAGGCACUGAGAGACGCAGCCGGAGCGCUGGAAGCUGGUCGCGCUGGAAAACUGGCGGCUGGCGCAUUGGAGUAUGAACCUGCUCAUGGGAAGAAUGCAAAUGUGAGCCGCACUGUGUCCGGGUAGAUGCGCCUUAUCGCGACGAUCAAACGAUCGCACGACGGAAUACCGAGGAAUUAGGACACUGCUACGAGAAACAAACACCUCUGCCUUAGGUGUGUACGUGGUUGUGAUAUGAUCACCUUACAGCUACUCCGAAUGCGCCCAAACUACUGAAGUACUACUACUGAAUCAGUUCUACUAGUUCGAUAAAAAAAGACAGCAGAAUGGGUAAUAGUUUUUCAAACAUAUCCGCAUUUCAAUCCCUUCAUAUAGUAAUGCUUGGUUUGGACUCUGCCGGGAAAACUACAGUUCUUUACAGACUCAAAUUUAACGAGUUCGUUAAUACCGUCCCCACGAUCGGCUUCAACACUGAGAAGAUCAAACUAAGCAACGGCACAGCAAAAGGCAUAAGUUGUCACUUUUGGGACGUUGGGGGUCAAGAGAAGCUUCGACCCCUGUGGAAAUCCUACAGUAGAUGCACGGAUGGCAUCAUAUACGUCGUGGACUCUGUGGAUGUAGAUCGGCUUGAGGAGGCCAAGACGGAGCUGCAUAAGGUGACGAAAUUCGCAGAGAACCAAGGGACGCCGCUGCUGGUUAUAGCAAAUAAGCAAGACCUGCCCAAAUCUCUGCCCGUGGCGGACAUCGAGAGACAGCUGGCGCUAAACGAGCUGACGCCAUCCACGACGUAUCACAUCCAGCCUGCUUGCGCCAUAAUUGGCGAAGGACUUCAUGAAGGCAUGGACAAAUUGUAUGAAAUGAUUGUGAAACGACGAAAAACCCUUAAGCAAAAGAAAAAACGAUAACAUGAUCACGUGUUUUACCACCCGAUUAUGCCUUUCUGCGCGCUUGUAGACCUUUGUGGUUGGCUAAUUCCAAUGCAAUGUUGCACUGUGGACAUUAUUAAUUUGGAUGGUUCUUUGCUUUGGUUUACAGUCACGUUGAAAUUACUGAUGCUAUGUGGCAUGCAAGAAUGAUGCGUUAUUGUAUCGACGCAGGUGGUUUAACCGCGGGAAAAAAAAAGACUUGUACACGAAUGGGGCUGGUCCCUUUUCAGCUGCUGAUACUUUACCCUGCAAAUAGCCUCGUCAGACUGAAGGAGUUCUCUACUUUAGCACUGUGAAGAAUCACAACGCUGCAGUUUUGGUUCGUGGAAUGCUUGAUUUCUCAAAUCAAAUUUCUGUGUGCAAAAAAUAUAAAGUAACUAAAUAACUUUGCUUUCAAGCCUUCAUGAAAAACUCUUUCUGAUGAGUUGUAACCAUGUACAAGGCUGAUGAUUUGUGAAUGGUGCAGUUCAGGCCUGCAUAAGAGUUGGUGCCAGGUACAUAAUGUCUCACUCCGCGUAUGUCCUCGGUGUUGAUGGCCAGGCUUACGGAGGCAUUCAAGAGCAGCGUGCGGUGGACUGCCAUGCUGCCACUUUAUAAUUCUAGUUUAGUGCCACUUCGCACUUUUUCUCACCAAAACAGAAAACUUCAACACUGUAUUGCAAAAAAAACAAAAAAACAAAAAACAAACAAAACUUGAUUAUUGUAUUACACAUUCAGAAGAUGAAUCUUGAAAUAUUUUUCAAU